CUCUCUUCACCAGUUCGUCACCACCGAACCGUGUUUUCAUUUCAUUUUUCAAAUACUUUAUCUUCAUAAAAAAUGUUUUACAACUUCACAAGUUUCUCCAUUUAUUGCAGAUCGUCGUCGAUUAAUUAAUUCAUUUUUUAUACGUUCUUCAUGAUCGAAUCGUCAUCAUUUUUAUCAGGGUUUUAAAACAUCUCCAAGAUUCAAUUUUUUCACUGAUUAUUGCAGUAGAAAAUCAAGUUACAGAAUGUCGGAUAGUGAUAAAGUCGAUGUGGUUAUUUUCGGAGCUACUGGAUACACCGGAAAAUGUGUCAUAAGAGAAUUCAUUUUACUCAGUGAUAACAAGUUCACUUGGGCCAUUGCUGGUAGAAACCUGAAGAAAUUACAAGAAGUAUUAGAAUGGGCCUCAGCCAAAACAGGGCAAGAUGUUACUAAGAUUCCUAUUGUUAUUUGCGACUGUGAAGAUGAAGCUAGUCUCAAUAAAAUGGCACAAAGAGGACGUGUCGUAAUAAAUUGUUGCGGACCUUAUCGAUUUUAUGGCGAACCUGUGAUCAAAGCUUGUGUUGAAAAUGGAGCUCAUCACGUAGAUGUUAGCGGAGAACCUGAGUACAUGGAAACCAUUCAGCUAGAUUAUCACGAGGCUGCAGAGAAAAAGGGUGUUUAUAUCGUGAGUGCUUGUGGUUUUGAUAGCGUUCCUUGUGAUUUGGGAAUUAUUCAUUUUAUUAAUAAUUUUCCGGGCCAAGUCAAUUCUAUUGAAUCGUUUCUAAAGUUUUCAUCCAAAUCAAAUGAACCCGCUGCUAAUAUUGGUACUUGGGAGAGUGCUGUGUAUGGAAUUGCGAAUCAGCAAAAUUUGGUAGCACUUCGCAAAAAAUUACAUCCGAUAUUAAAUCGGCCGAAAUUAGAGCCCCGUUUGAAACCCAGGUCAGUUAUUCACAGAUGUGAGUUAUUCAAUAAUCACUACACUCUACCAUUUCCUGGAUCUGAUCGAUCAGUGGUAUUCCGAACGCAAAUGUUCUUGCGUAAUAACUAUAAACAACGUCCGGUACAAUAUAAUCCCUAUUUUGUAUGCCCAUCGGUGACAGCUUUAACAGCGUUGGUUCUAGUUGGUCUGUUUUUGCAAGUUUUCACAAAAUUUGGUUUUGGUCGGCGGCUUCUACUGAGAUACCCGGAAUUCUUUUCGUGUGGUAUAAUGUCGCGAAAAGGGCCAUCGGAAGAAGCCCUUUUGAAUUCUUCUGCUUGUUUUAAAUUCAAAGGCGAAGGUUGGUCUAAAGAAGUGGCCGAUCAGUUUGAAAAUAAAGAAGAAAUCAAUCUACCUCCUAACAAGAAAAUGCUCACUGAGAUGUCAUUCAAAAGCCCUGGAUAUGGUUUUACUUCAAAGUCUGUUAUCUACAGUGCCUUUACAAUCUUGAAAGAAUCCGAUAAAAUGCCAUCAAGAGGUGGAGUGUAUACUCCCGGAGGAGCUUUCGGCAAAACAAGUUUCUUAGAUCAGUUGCUAAAAGACGGAGUAUCUUUGAAAAUCUUAAACGAUGUUUGAACGCAAAUCAUUGAUUGAGCGCAUCUUGUUUUUUAGGCCAGUUAUUUGAAAAGAAGUUUUGAAUGACAAAACUUUCAUAUUAAACGAUUAAGUGUAAGACGUUGUUUUAAUUAGUCACAUUUAUCUGUAUUUAAUGGUAAAUUUCCAAUUGUCUACAUUCCAAAGUAAUUUUUAUAUUAUGCAUUUUUUUCCUCGAAAAAAUAGGGAAAUCUUGCUGGUGUUUUUUUUACAUGUUUCAAUUUUUUUUUCUACUAUUUGUAAGAAAUUUUGUUAUUUUUGUCAUGGUUUUUUGAACAAACGAAUGCGAGUCUUGAAAUUAGACUUCAUUUUGUGCCAUAUUUAAAGUAUAAAUUUUCGUAUUGAAUAUGCCAUUACAUUAUACAUACCAUUUAGAGUGCUUCGCUCAUUUCAGUAUUAAUUAAUUCAUACGUGCUGCUUCAUUUAGUAUAAAAUGUUAUUUAUGAAAUUGCAGUACUCAGUGUGCUUGCUUAAUUUUGUAAUUUGUAAUUUUUGUUGAAUCAAAUAAAUAGUUUUAUUAUGCUGA